CUCCAUAGAGGGAGGUUUAUGCAGUCCGUGUUGCUCGUAGCGCUCCGUUUCGCCGUGAGAAAGCGUCGUGGGACGCGUGUUCUCUCUCGACUCGCCGAUAGAGACGGAACCAUGUUGUGACAAUCGUCCGAACGUUUGACAAUCCUGAUGCCACGGGAUUAGGGAAAGGCUGGCUCGUACGUUUUCGGGACGAAAAUCUGGCGACUAGGUCGUGGCCCGAGCAACAGAUGUGACGUCGCGCGACGCGCUCUUUAUAUUUAGUUGCCCACGAUUUCCUCGGUUGUUUCUCCGUGCGCGCGUACGCUUUUACCGUGUGUCGGUUCAACGAUCGCGCGCGGCGUUGUGCAUCGCGUUGACAGUGACGUAAUAUGGCGCGAACGAAAGUGUACCACGGACGUCAGUGAUAUAGAGCCUUGCGUCGAUAGGAGGGAUUGUUGAAUGUUUAACGAGAAACGUUCGUCACGGAUAUCGAGCCUUGAAAACGACGCUUUCCGAGAGUUGUUUCCGUUCCCUCGUCGCGCGACCUUUGCGAAUGUUACUCUCUUUGUAGUUACUCUGCGUGGCCACGGUCGCGUUCGCAUGUGCCACGAGACGCGAGUGCAGAUGUUAGAAGAGAAGAGGACAGAUCGAAGAGGAGAAAUAAAAGAGGGAAAGUGAAGGAUCACAGGCGAUUGCAUUUGUCGACGUUGUUAGCCCUGUAUCCGGUGCCUGUCGAACGACCCUAUUUCAAGGCCCUCUACCUGCGGCCGAGAAUACUGCGAAGACACGAGGUAGUACUGGCGCGUCGUUCUUGGAGCAGGAAAAAAGAGAGGCGCAGGAAGAAUUCCUUUGUCCUCGAAGCGAGCCCUGGGUGAAGCCGGUGGACGAGAAGCGGCGAACGAAUCGGCCCGAAGUGGAAGGGAGAGAAGGAAGCGCAGCACACGGUCGAGUUUGUACCUCGUCGACCGUGUAUACCUGGCGUGCGUGUGAGAGAAAGAGAGAGAGAGAGAGAGAGAGAGAGAGAGAAAGAGAAAGAGAGACGACGCUAUCGGCGGUGAGCGAGACGGACAGUGAAAACGAGCCUUGUGGCAUCGGUGAACGUCCGUCAGCGCGUUGCCAACGGCAAAGGGCAACAACCACGCCACGAGUGUUGCGCGCUGUUAACCAAGGCCAGGUCGAAUUCAACGCUAUUUUCACCUGUCAGUGACCUCUCUCCUCGUUCUCUCUCGACCUGCAAGCGCAAUUUCCCAUCGAUCUCAACACGCGUGUCCACGCUCCGUGGCGUAAUGCUAUUGGUCGAUUAGCGUCGUUGCGCGCACGCUACCCGUUUGAAAUUCGCGCCUCAAGUGUCCAGCUGAGUCUGCAUGUGUCCAUUCCGUGGAUCGUGCCCGAGGAUGCAACGACGAAGAUUACCGGAUGCCAUGUCGCUGCUGGUGAGAGCAGCUGUUCUCGCAGCUGUCUUAGGACUGUUCCUGGGAUCGAGCCAUGCGAGCAGGCCCGCCGGUGCGCAUCCCGGCCACGCGUACUUCGAGCAACCUUGCUGCGGACGAUCUCAUCUUAGGCACCAUAAAGAACACGUGAGGGAAUUCAGCUGCGGGAUGCUGUAUUACAGGACGCUGUACCUGGACAGCAAGCGGGACGCCCUGUACGUCGGCGCCAUGGACAAGGUGUUCAGGCUGAAUCUGAGCAACAUCAGUCAUUCCAACUGCGAGAGGGACGCGCUUAAUCUGGAGCCGAGCAACGUGGCAAAUUGUGUGUCCAAAGGGAAAUCAGAGCACUUCGACUGCCGGAAUCACAUAAGGGUGAUCCAGCCAAUGGCGGACGGCAAUCGGCUCUACAUGUGCGGCACGAAUGCUCACUCGCCCAAGGAUUGGGUGAUUUAUAGCAAUCUGACCCAUUUGCCUCGCCACGAGUUCGUCCCCGGCGUGGGAAUGGGCAUAGCGAAGUGUCCUUACGAUCCUGCGGACAAUUCGACGGCGGUGUGGGUGGAAAAGGGCAAUCCUGGGGACCUGCCAGCUCUUUAUUCCGGCACCAACGCCGAAUUCACGAAAGCCGAUACCGUAAUCUUCCGUACGGAUCUGUACAAUUUAACCACCGGUCGCAAGGCGUUCAGCUUCAAGAGGACGCUGAAGUACGACUCGAAAUGGCUGGACAAACCUAAUUUCGUGGGAUCUUACGACAUCGGCAGCCACGUAUUCUUCUUCUUCCGCGAGACGGCGGUGGAAUACAUAAAUUGCGGGAAGAGCGUGUACUCCCGCGUGGCGAGAGUUUGCAAAAGGGACACCGGCGGUAAAAAUAUCCUGUCGCAGAACUGGUCGACUUAUUUGAAAGCACGGUUGAACUGCUCGAUACCCGGCGAAUUUCCGUUCUACUUCAACGAAAUUCAGAGUAUUUACAAGGUGCCGGGCGACGAUACCCACUUUUACGGUACUUUCACCACGUCGACGAACGGAUUGAUGGGCUCGGCGAUUUGCUCGUUCCAUAUCGACGCGAUUCAAGAGGCGUUCCGUGGAAAAUUCAAAGAACAGGCGACGAGCAGCAGCGCCUGGCUUCCGGUGCUCUCCAACAAAGUUCCUGAACCGCGACCGGGUCAAUGUGUGAACGACACUGAAACGUUCCCGGACACGGUGCUGAACUUCAUCCGAUCUCAUCCCCUGAUGGACUCGGCCAUAUCGCACGAGAAUGAAAAACCCGUCUUUUAUAAACGCGACGUGAUGCUCACGCGGUUGGUCGUGGAUAAACUACGAAUCGAUUUCGUCGGCAACGAUUUGGAUUACACGGUCUACUAUGCAGGAUCCAGCGAUGGACGUGUACACAAAGUUGUCCAGUGGAUAAACAGUAACGGCGAGUCGCAGUCUAUCCUGUUGGACGUUUUUGACGUGACGCCAGGCGAGCCAAUUCAAGCGAUGGAGAUCUCGAAGGAGCACAAGGCUCUUUACGUUGCCUCCGACCAUCGAAUAAAGCAGAUCGACCUGGUGAUGUGCACCCGUCGAUACGACAAUUGUCUCCGCUGCGUGCACGAUCCUUACUGCGGAUGGGACAAGGACACCAACACGUGCAAACCGUACGAACCUGGACUUCUCCAAGAUGUGUCAAACAGUACGGCAGACGUUUGCGACAGUAGCGUGGGUAAACGGAAGCUGGUAGUCACCUGGGGCCAGUCGGUGCAUCUCGGUUGCUUCGUGAAAAUGCCGGAAGUGCUGGCGAACCAGGAAGUCAGGUGGUACCACUACAGCAAGGAGAAAGGCAGGUAUCAGAUAGCCUACAAGUACGGCGCCGGGGGGGACAAGUUCAUCGAGACGUCCGAGAAGGGUCUGGUGAUCGUUGGCGUGAACGAGCAAGAUGCCGGAAGAUACGAUUGUUGGCUCGGUGGUUCGCUCCUUUGCUCGUACAACAUCACCGUGGACGCGCACAGAUGCUCCGCGCCAGCCAAGUCGAACGACUAUCAGAAGAUAUACUCGGAUUGGUGUCACGAGUUCGAGAAAUACAAGUCGGCGAUGAAGAGUUGGGAAAGGAAGCAAGCGCAAUGCGCAUCGAGGCAAAACGACAGCAAUCAAAAUUUACACACAAACGAGGUAUACGGCACCCCCUUGGUCUGAUGGAGCCGAUUGUUGGAGCCCUCGUCUAGCCGAGAUCCCGACAUACUGCCACGCGCCAGCGUCCUGCCGAAGAAUCGCGGUCCAUCCACGAUCAGUUGGACGAGCCUCACUCUCCUUCUGACCGGUUACACCACUGCCUUUGUCCUUCUUGCUGUCGACGAUCUUUCGUCCAAGUGAAUGCCACAGAACGCGUCCGUAUCGGGGAAAAAUAAACAAAAAAAACAAAAAAAAAAAAAUAAAAAAAAUAAAAAAAAACAAAGAAAACCGGCAAAUUUCGAACGUCCGGAACACGAGCAUCGUUUCAAUUCACCGCGACGUGAUGACAUCCAUCCUCGAUCGAUUGGACGAGCCUCGUCCCGAUUGGUCUCAUCUUCCGCCCGGAACGUUUCUUUCGACGAAAAACUAUCGAGCAAAUUCUAAGCUAAGUCAACAAAGAGAGAUACUCGUAAGAAAUAGUAUUAUUCAUAGGUUCAAGUGAAAAAGAGAGAGAGAGAGAGAGAGAGAGAAAGAGAGAAAGAGAGAUUAUUCGCAUUCCGAUCGGUGGAACGAGGCUCCUGGCACAACGCGCGGUGUGUUCACAUCGCGUCCGUCACUCGUCGUUUCGUCGUGUCUCUAUACUGCCACAACGCGCGUGUACAGUCGGUUUCGUUUUCGACGGAUAAUCCUCCCUGGUGAACGCUUCUUCUCGUGACGCGUUCGAGAAGAACUCGCGAGAGAGACGAACUCAAGGAUCUAGGUCUCGAGAGUAAGUGCGCCUUAAACGAGUGCGAACGACGAUGGGAAGGACGGAUGACGGGCCGGAAGGGCGAUCGUGGUACACGCGGACUGUGCUCGUUGACACGCAUACACACAUAUACAUACACAAACACACACACACACACGGUUCCUAAGCUCACGUUUCUCACGGCGUGGACCGGUUCUCCGAGCGAGGGAGACGCAAGGUCAGGAGAAAGGGUCGUUGGAAGGGAUUGUUUCAAAGAUCGGCGAUCCGUGGCGUCAGAUCAUCGGUGACGAUGGAAACGCGGCUCGAAUCGAGGCGUCCGUCCGCGAAGCAACGCGUUUAGAAACCGGAAAUCAAUCCUCCUGUUUCCUUAGAUCUGUGAUACGAACGAGACGAGACGAGACGAGACGAGACAAGGCGGAAAGGAAGAGAAAGAGGAUAUAGAUCGAGGAUCGAGCGGAGCGAGCCUCUGUCGCGUACGAACGCGUUCGAUUGGUCGCUCUAUCGAGAAUCGAAAGAGGUUACAGGAGCAAACAACCGAGAGUAAAAGGCGACGACGGGACGAGAAGAAAAGAAAAGAGAAGAGAAGAGAAGAGAAGAGAAGAGAAGAGAGAAAAUAAAUACCGUAAGGUCGAGCUUUAGCGUAGUUUUAACGAGCCAGAGGUAACGAGUCAGGAUCGAUAUUACGAUCUUGCGUCUAAGUUGUAUAUCAGUUUGCUAGUUGGAGAAAGAAGAGAAAAAGAGAGGGAGAGAGUGAGAUUAAGAGAGAGUGGGAGAGAAUGGAACGCGUCCAGAGAGAGAGAGAGAGAAAGAGAGAACGCGACGCCAUGUCGACGCGUUUUCGAACGUCACGCAGGUUACACAUGAGAUUAUUAAUCGGCUGCCGCAUGCGCGCGCGCAUGAUACUUAGCUUUUUCAUAUCAACGACGUUCUCGCGACACAUGCACUGCCGUCUCUGUCUUCGACCCGCACGAUUCCUUCACGAUCGCCUACGAUCGACGAAAUAUAUAUAUCUGUCGUUUUCUAAUUGGCGAAACCGCUGAGUUUUCGUUCUCCUCGCUUAUUUUUUUUUUUUUUUUUUUUCUAGUGUAACUGUUCUGUUCCUUGCUCCAUAGAUUAUAGCUGUAGCAUUACAGUUUUUUUUUUUUGGGGGGGGGGGGGGUCCUUUGCAGGGAUUCGUUUGGAAC